AUGGGUUUGAUCGUAAUUACUCUUCUUCUUCAGCUCUGUUCCAUCCUCACCGCGGCCAUAGCCUACAAACCCGCCGAUGUUAUCAGGCUUGACUGUGGUGCAAUUGAUAACUCCAUCUCCCCGGACAAACGACCAUGGAUUCCCGACACCGGUUCCAAAUUCAUGCCUCCAUUAACCUCCAAUAACUCCUCCUCUGUUUCCAAAGCCGACCAACAAAAUCCCUCCGUCGAUCAAAUACCUUAUUUGACCGCCCGUAUAUUCCCAUCCCAGUUUACCUACACUUUCCCGAUCUCAUCCGGCCCCAAGUUCCUCCGCCUCUACUUCUACUCAGCCAACUAUUCCGGCCGCGAUAUCACCAAAUCAUUCUUCAACGUCUCCGCCGCCGGCCACACCCUUCUGGGUAAUUUCAGCGUUUUCCUUUCCGCCCCUGCAAAUUCUCCUUCCUUCGUUAAGGAAUUCGUGGUCCACGUCGGGAAUAGUCAAACCCUCGAUCUCACUUUCACCCCCACCACCUCCUCCGUGGACUCCUACGCCUUCAUCAACGGUAUAGAAAUAGUUUCCAUGCCGGAUAAUCUCUAUCUAACCGGAGUCAACUCUCCUAACACGACCCUCGUCGGGAAAAAAUCGAGUUUUAUCGUCGAUACCAGCAUGGCACUCGAGACUCUUUACCGGCUAAACGUCGGUGGACAAUCAAUCGACGUCCAGAACGACACCGGAAUGUUUCGGAGGUGGGAAAACGAUAACCGAUAUCUUAAGGGAAAUUUGCUAGGUAAAGAACCUUUCUUGGAUUUCAAAGUUCUAUACAACAAUAAAACACCGGCAUACACGGCCCCAGAGUAUGUCUACAGAACGCAACGUGUCAUGGGUCCCGACCAGAAUAACUUGCAGUUCAACAUGUCGUGGAUCUUCAGCGUGGACUCGGGUUUUAAUUAUCUCGUGAGACUCCAUUUCUGCGAAUUUAUAAUCGAUAUAGAAGGAAACAAUCAACGGGUUUUCACUGUAUAUAUCGGGGAUGAGAUUGCUGAUAAACCGGUAGAUGUGUUUAAAAGAGCCGGUGGCAAGUUCAUCCCCGUGUACAACGACUACGUGGUGGCGGUUGACGGCGCCAUAGGAAGGAAACGAGAUAUGGUUAUUUCUCUGUUUCCUUACAUAUAUUCACGUCCCCUUUUCGUAGACGCGUUACUGAACGGUGUAGAGAUCUUCAGAUUGAAUGCUUCAGACGGCAGUCUCACUGUACCAAAUUAUUAA